AUUUUUGUUGCCGGCGUCAGUCUCGAUUCUAACCUCUUUUACAACAUUUUUUCGAAGUUUGUUGAACGUGAAUUCGAAUUACAAGAAUUACAAACUAUGACAGAGAAACCCAUCCAAUCUACCAAUUUACCAUGUAAAUAAAUUCAUAGAUGAAAAUCAACUUCCUCAUCUUCUUUUCUAUGGACCCCCUGGUACAGGGAAAACGAGUACAAUACUUGCUUGUGCACGCAAAUUGUACGCGCCAGCUCAGUUUAAUUCAAUGGUAUUAGAAAUGAAUGCUUCAGAUGACAGAGGUAUCAAUAUAGUUAGAGGACAGAUUCUUAGUUUCGCAAGCACAGGAACAAUGUACAAGUCUGGUUUUAAAUUAAUCAUCCUCGAUGAAGCUGAUGCCAUGACAAAGGAUGCCCAGAAUGCUCUUAGAAGGAAGAAGUACACAGACAAUGUAAGGUUUUGUAUCAUAUGUAACUACCUUAGUCAGAUUAUUCCUGCACUUCAAUCUCGGUGCACUAAAUUUAGGUUUGGCCCGUUGUCUACGGACCAGAUUUUGCCAAGACUGGAUAUCAUUAUCAAAGAAGAAAAUUUAAAUGUUUCGGAAGAUGGAAAGCAAGCAUUGAUAACGCUGAGCGGAGGUGAUAUGAGGAAAGUUUUGAAUGUUCUCCAAAGUACAUGGCUUGCUUUCAGUGCAGUCACAGAAGAAAAUGUUUACUCCUGUGUUGGACAUCCUCUUCCGAUUGAUAUACAAAACAUUGUUAAUUGGUUAUUGAACGAAUCAUAUGAGUUGUGUUAUUGUAUUGAACUACCAGAUUCGAUACUUAUCAAUUUAAUAAUUAAACUGGCCGAAAUAGAGAAGAGGAUAUCUAUCGGCUGUAGCGAAAUGGUACAAUUAAAUGCUCUUGUUUCAGCGUUUCAAAGUGUUCGCAAUAUCGAGACUUCUUAGCGUUUGAGGAUCGAAUUUUAUAAAUCGAGGUAAAAUCGAAUUCCAAUUAUUAUACAUGAAGGGUUUUAUAAUAAAGCUUAAUCUAGCAAAAAUGUAAUAUUCAUUAUUGUUACUGUGUAAUAAAGAAAAGAUCGAUAUUUUUAAACUGUAGAUGUGAUGCAGCGGAUUCCUCCUCGUGUCCACCUAGUUCUUUAAUUCUCUAAUAAAUUACGUUCUUUCGUGACUGGUAUCAAAGUGGCGAAUCUCUGAAAAUAAGUUGUCAAAGUCUACGUCACAAAUCAGCCGAAUCAUCUGAGCGAGUUGUUUGUGGCGCUCGUAAAUUUUUAUCCGAUCCCAGCCAAGUGUAAUCUUGAUCAUCGAUGUGUAUAGAACAGCUAUAAAGAAAACUUAUCCCGGAAAUGAUAAGUUUCCCUCGGACACAGCUGACAGUCGUACUGUCUACGUGUGUUCGACGCAAUAACUCUGUAGCUAUAUGCGACAAAUAUCGCUCAAUCAGCACGCGAUCAUUCAAGUAUGCCGACGAAAACACAUCCAAGGUACAAACAUGCAGUGUCAUUAUUUUUUGCAUUAGGGUCAUUCACUAGGAAGUUAUAUCACGGUAGUUAACCUCAAACUAUAAUAUAAUGAAAAAUCUUUGAACUACACAUUCAGAAUCACGUCCAGAGAAAAUGAACAUUAAGAUGAAGCAUUUUCCAGUUAAGACUUGUGUGCUGUCAUUUAUACCAGUGUCGUGGAACGUUUUAUCAUCCUUUGAUCGUUUCAUUAUCGCGUUACGAAAUAUUUUCCAACUUUUGCCGUAAUUUCGAAGAGAAUUUCC